UAAAAGAACAUUUAAUAACUCUCCAGUGAAGGAGGCGAGAAAAGUUACCGGUAACAAAUCCUAAAAAUGACAUCCACAACUGAUCCACGGGAAAAGGUUCUUUCUGACUAUAGAAAGAAGCUACUCGAACAUAAAGAACUUGAGGCUCGAUUGAAAGAAAUGCGAGAGCAGUUGAAGGACCUAACGAAGCAAUAUGAUAAGUCGGAAAAUGAUCUGAAGGCAUUGCAGAGUGUAGGCCAGAUUGUUGGUGAGGUGCUGAAGCAGUUAACAGAAGAUAAAUUCAUUGUGAAGGCAACCAAUGGGCCUCGGUAUGUUGUGGGCUGCCGCAGACAGUUGGAUAAAGCAAAGUUGAAGUCGGGAACAAGGGUUGCACUGGACAUGACUACACUCACAAUUAUGAGGCAUUUACCGCGAGAGGUUGACCCUCUGGUGUACAACAUGUCUGUAGAGGAUCCAGGAGACGUGAGCUACAAUCAAGUAGGAGGCCUUGGGGAACAAAUUAGGGAACUCAGAGAGGUGAUAGAGUUACCCUUGAUGAACCCAGAGCUGUUCCAGAGAGUGGGCAUCACCCCACCCAAGGGCUGUCUUCUCUAUGGUCCUCCAGGCACAGGGAAAACCCUCCUGGCCAGAGCUGUUGCUUCACAGCUUGAUGCUAACUUCCUCAAGGUUGUAUCCAGUGCUAUAGUGGACAAGUACAUUGGCGAAAGUGCUCGACUCAUCCGAGAGAUGUUCGCCUUUGCCAGAGAUCACCAGCCAUGUAUAAUCUUCAUGGACGAAAUUGAUGCCAUUGGUGGGCGUCGUUUCUCAGAGGGCACAUCGGCCGACAGAGAGAUACAGAGAACUUUGAUGGAGCUGUUGAACCAGAUGGAUGGUUUUGAUGCCCUGGGCAAGGUAAAGAUGAUUAUGGCCACUAAUCGCCCCGACACACUGGACCCUGCGCUCCUCAGACCUGGCAGGCUGGAUAGGAAAAUUGAAAUUCCAUUGCCCAACGAGCAGUCUAGAGCGGACAUCCUCAAGAUUCAUGCUGCUCCUAUCGCAAAACAUGGAGAAAUUGACUGGGAGGCUGUGGUCAAGCUAUCAGAUGACUUUAACGGAGCCGACUUAAGAAAUGUCUGCACAGAAGCAGGAAUGUUUGCAAUCCGAGCAGAGCGUGAUUACGUCAUUGAAGAAGAUUUCAUGAAGGCCGUACGGAAGGUAGCAGACAACAAGAAACUGGAGUCCAAGCUUGACUAUAAACCAGUGUAGUGUUGAAUAUAGGAGAAGGGUUGGACAAUGUACUAAGUAUAUUUGGUCAUUGACAUUGCUGAAAAUCUAAGUGCAGUGAAGAUGAUAAAAGGACUGUUAUCCAGUAUCUGGUAUCAAGAUUGAUGUUAAACACUUCCUUAUUGUUCCUUUUUGUGUAAUAGGAAAAUACUGCAUUUUUGCGAUGAGUUACUAUUAGAUUUCAAUGUAAAUAAAAAAGCAAAUAUAGUGCACUCAAAAGCUAUUUGUUUGAAAAUAUGAAUGAAUGUUUUGAAAUUCAUGAAUAAUACUUUGAAAACUUACAUCAGAGUAUAAAUAUAAUGUAAAAAAACCCA